CUGUCACUCUGCCCGGAGAAAUUGGUUCAGCAUCUCUGAGCAGUGGACUGCGUGACAGGGACCAUAAAAUGCGUUGAAAUUGUCUCCCCUAUUACUCUUUAUUUGCGAUGCGUUCCUUAUGGCUAUGAUAAAAACGGAUUGUUAAAAGGUGGGCUGUCUUGUAAUUCUCGUUGGAGAACCGGACUGUUUGUCAAUGAGAUAUGUGGAGUCGCUCUAUCCAUCGGUGUUAACGCAGAAAAAUAGAAGAUGAAGAAGCAAUUCAAUAGAAUGCGACAGCUCGCCAACCAAACAGUGGGCAGAGCUGAAAAAACAGAAGUAUUAAGCGAAGACCUUCUACAAGUGGAGAAGCGGCUGGAGCUGGUCAAGCAGGUGUCCCACAGCACCCACAAGAAGCUGACGGCCUGUCUGCAGGGCCAACAGGGGGUGGAUGUGGAGAAGAGAUCUGUCAGGUCGCCCUCGAAAAAGCUACCCCUCACAACACUAGCACAAUGUCUGGUGGAGGGAGCAGCAGUGUUGGGCGACGACUCGCUACUGGGGAAGAUGCUGAAGCUGUGUGGUGAGACACAGGAGAAGAUGGCUCUGGAGCUCAUCCUGUUUGAGUUCACCAUUGAGAGAGACGUGGUGGAACCCCUAUACGAACUGGCAGAGGUGGAAAUCCCCAACAUCCAGAAACAAAGGAAACAUUUAGCAAAACUGGUUUUGGACAUGGACUCGGCACGCACAAGGUUCCACCAGUCCUCCAAGUCUGGUAUGUCCAGCAACGUGCAGCCAGGGGCCAAGGGCGAGCACCUCAGGGAAGAGAUGGAAGAAGCAGCCAAUCGAAUGGAGAUCUGUCGAGAUCAAUUAUCUGCAGACAUGUACAAUUUUGUGGCCAAAGAAAUUGACUAUGCAAGCUACUUUCAGACAUUGAUAGAGGUGCAGGCAGAGUACCACAGGAAGUCGUUAGAGCUCCUCCAGAAUAUUCUGCCUCAGAUCAAAGCCCACCAGGAGACCUGGGUGGAGAGGCCGUGCUAUGGGAAACCCUUAGAGGAGCACCUUGCCCUCAGCGGGCGGGACAUUGCCUUCCCCAUCGAAGCCUGUGUCACCAUGCUGCUGGAGUGUGGCAUGCAGGAAGAGGGCCUGUUCAGAGUAGCGCCCUCGGCCUCCAAACUGAAGAAGCUCAAGGCGUCUCUAGACUGUGGGGUGAUGGACGUACAGGAGUACUCUGCAGACCCUCACGCCAUCGCAGGUGCUUUGAAAUCCUACCUACGGGAACUCCCUGAGCCACUGAUGACCUUUGAACUUUAUGAUGAAUGGAUCCAAGCUUCUAACAUUCAAGACCAGGACAAGAGACUCCAAGCCCUCCUCACAGCCUGCGAGAAACUACCCCUGGCCAAUGGCAACAACUUCAAGUAUUUAAUCAAAUUCCUCGCCAAGUUAGAUGACUACCAGGAUGACAAUAAAAUGACUCCUGGGAAUAUUGCAAUAGUCUUGGGUCCCAACCUGCUGUGGACAACGCAGGAAGGGAGCAUUACAGAGAUGAUGACCACUGUGUCCCUGCAGAUUGUAGGCAUCAUUGAGCCCAUCAUCCAGCACGCCGACUGGUUCUUCCCUGGAGAGAUUGAGUUUAAUGUCACAGGAAACUAUGGCAGCCCGGUCCACACCAACCACAACGCCAACUACAGCUCCAUGCCCUCUCCGGAUAUGGACCAUUCCGAUCGCAAGCACAAUGACCAGAGCCGACGUCCCCUCAGUGUGGCCACUGACAAUAUGAUGCUAGAGUUCUAUAAGAAGGAUGGCAGCGUUAGGAAAAUUCAAAGCAUGGGGGUCAGGGUGAUGGACACUUCUUGGGUGUCGCGCAGGGGCUCGUCGUCAGUGCGUAAAACCUCCUCCACGCCCCCGAGUAUGCAGCCCCCCCUCCCUCCCUCAGAUGCUCUCAUACCUGAGCAGGGGGAGCUCUCUGCGUCCCCCUCAGCAACCCCUCCCGCUGGCAGCGACCGUGCCAGCUCCGAUGAUGCGUCAUCCACUUGGUCGGACUCCUGUUAUGCCUACCCCUCUCCGGAGGAGGAGAGUCCCCCUCCCCCUUACCCCUCUUCUUCCUCUUCUUCCUAUUGCUACCCACCUCCUCACCAUUUCUACCCCCGAGCACCGCAGUGCGCGCGCCCUGUCGCCCCCGGUCCCGAGUCCGUGCCUCCCGGGCCGUCUACCCCACCUCCCCCACGCUGGUCUAACUAUAGCCCUCACCCACUGCCCCCCUCCUCGUGCCCCUCUCCCUCUCCCUCCCCACAGCAGCUUGAUAUCAACUCUAACCCCAAGCCCAGCUCCCUGCACCUGCCUAAACAUAGUUCCCUGGCCGAAGCUCUGCAUGCGCCCCCACCGUCAGAAACUAACGUCUCCCCCCUCUACAUCAAAACCCCCCUCGUGCUAACCCGACACGACCCGUCCCUCGUUUCCCACCCCCCUAACUUUCCCCUGUCCACACCUCUUCCGUGGGCCGCCUGUGCCUGUAGCCGAGAGAGAGGAGCCAAGCUGACUGGUACUCUGAUGAACAAGGAGCUCUCUCCAGUGAUUGGACAGAAGGGCUUCCAGGGAACAGCACCCUCUGGUGGGCCAUCACAGCCCUCUUCUGAACAUAGCCCUCACACCCUGAGAAGAGCUAAAAAGCUGGCCCCCAUCCCACCUAAGCACUACUCUCAGUCUGGGGGAAUGUCUGACCAGUCCACAGGUCAGCCCUCUCCAGUCAGCCUGUCCCCCACCCCUCCUAGUACCCCUUCCCCGUAUGGCUUUGGCUACCCUCAGGGCUACGCCACCAUCGGCUCUCCGGGACAGGCCCAGACUGCCACCCUCUCCUCCCCUCCCUCGCUAGCCGGCACCCUCACCAAGGCCAGGCCCACUCCCAAGCCUCCCAGGCAGAGGCCCAGCCUGCCCCCACCGCAGCCCCCCAGCACCCCUGGCUCCAGCCCCCAACCCCUGGAGCAUAGUGGUGGCCUGCUGGAUGGAUUGUCUCCUGGGGAGAGCAUGUCCACAGACUCUUUCUGCAACCUGGAUAUCCCCAUCAUCAACGUGGAACUGGAUGGCAUCUUCGAUGAGCCUAAGAUGGUCCCCUACAGGAACUCAGUGGCGGUGGUCCAGCCUACCCCCAAGACAGAGUCAGAGGAAGAGUCUGAGAGCACGAUACUAUGACAUCACGAGUUUCCACCCCCAGCCCUACUAUUCCAGCCUGUCCCCAGGACCCGUUCUCUGACCUUUGACUCAAUGGGACUCACUCCAGACCUCACCUCCACCCAUAGCGACCAAACACCGGGUUCAGCCCUGUAAAACAAAGUUAAUCUUAUAACCUGAAAUAUAUAUGAAUACAGAAAAUACAUACAGUAUAUCCACAUCCAGAGAGUUUCUCUCUGAGACUGUGGGGGGAGGAACUUUUGAUACACAGAAUCGGACACAAUGCUUUGUUUUUAUGUUGACUGGAUUCCUUUGAUUCUGUCUGUGGUGCGUUCAUUUUUAAGACUUUUCUUUUUCAACAAUUGCGUUUAUUUUUCAUUACUUUUGCCUUAUUUGAGUCAUUUGCAAUAUUGCCUCUAACUUCACAUACAAGACAUGAAAACGAUUUGCUCGGUGGAAUGGAUUCUACUCUUGUGAGUGUAGUAGUAAAGGAAAGGGACAGUAGAUUUCUGAUUUCCUCUCCCUGUCACCAAGUCUAUAGCAUUCCUUUUGACGCCAUCCUAAACCAUCCCUCGUACUUUGAGAUCACUGGCAACCCCUUGUUCCUUCCUGGCUGAAUGUGUGUUUGUGAAUUGUGUGAUGUGUUUGGAAAUGUGCUGCAUCAUUAAGUGGCGAGUUCUGCCAGAGAAAAUAUAUAUGGUACUGCAAGACCAGUUUGAGCUUGAAUCCCCAAUCACACUCUUCAAAGGGAGAUUAAGAUUGCAUUUGGCUGUUCGAUGGGAAGUUAAAUAUGGGUAAUAUAGUAUUUACUAUUUAAAAUGACUGUUUAUACUGUACAUUUCAGAGUAUAUGAUAUUAACAGUGAUACAAGAGAUAUUAUAUGUGUCAUAUAAUAUAAGAAUACAAACAUGGGUAUACAGAUAUAGAAUUAUAAAUACGGUGUACAGAUAUUCCAUAGUAUAGCAUGUACUUGAUUCUACAUUAUCAUAGGAGAGGCUGUAGAGGGAAUGGGACAUAGAAACAGAACAAACAGAAUUGUCAACUUGUGAAUUUAUAUAAUUCUAUAUAAAAGGAAUAGAAUGCUGAAAAGUGAGUAUGAGUGGAAUGUGCAGGGUGGGACUAUACCUCCUCUCUGUGGUCUGCCCUCAGCCUCAGCUUCUUUAACGAGCGCCCUGAGAGCCUUAUCUGGCAAGAGCCUGUCACUGGGGAGCCUUCUCAGCUGUUUGAAAGCCAAUAUUGAACACUUUUUUUGUUAGAGCAAGUGUGUAUAUGAGUGCGGUCCUGUAUGUGUGAGUGUUAUCCUGAAUAUAGAUACAUUUCUUCUGGUGCUAGAACGUAUGUUUAUAUUCUAUCACGCAGGGAAUAAGAAUAGGCUCUCAUUGAAAUUAUACGGCGGUUACUGUUUCAGUUCCCUAUACCCCCCCCCCCCCCCUUUAGUAAGAGGAAUCCACCAUAUAAGGAAUUUGAUGAUGAGGAAUGUGAAUAAGUAUUUGUUGAUGUGCUGAAAGUAUUUAUAACGAUGAUUACGGUGCAGAGGAGUAUGAUUGACAUCCACAACACGUAAUAUCAAUGUUCCAAUCUGAUGAUCCAGUAAUGGGGUUCAAAGGUGAGGGGCCCGCCCAUGUCCAACACAAACCUAUGGUCUCCUUAGAAACGUUCCAUCCAUAACACUGAUUAGUGCUUGGAAGCCACAAUAAACGCUGCUCUUUCAUGCACUUACGUUCAAGUGCUAUAUAUUUUAUCCAUCACAACACUAUUGUAAAUACUGAAGCCUCUGUGUAUGUGUGUAUAUAAAAAGGCGAGAGGAUGAAAUAUAUACAGUACCAGUCAAACGUUUGGACACAUCUACUCAUUCAAGGGUUUCUCUUUAUUUUUACUAUUUUCCACAUUAUAGAAUAAUAGUGAAGACCUCAACUAUGAAAUAGCACAUAUAGAAUCAUGUAGUAACCAAAAAAGUGUUAAACAAAUAAAGUAUCCUCCCUUUGCCUUGAUGACAGCUUUGCACACUCUUGGCAAGAAUCUAAAAUAUAUUUUGAUUUGUUUAACACUUUAUUGGUUACUACAUGAUUCCAUAGUAGGUAGUAGGAGUAGGUGUGUCCAAACUUUUGACUGGUACUGUAUAUAUUUCACCCUCUCGCCUUUUUAUAUACACACAUAUAUACAGUUGAAUUCGGAAGUUUACAUACACCUUAGCCAAAUACAUUUAAACUCAGUUUUUCACAAUUCCUGACAUUUAAACCUAGUGAAAAUUCCCUCUCUGAGGUCAGUUAGAAUCACCACUCUAUUUUAAGAAUGUGAAAUGUCAGCUUUUAUUUCUUUCAUCACAUUCCCAGUGGGUCAGAAGUUUACAUGCACUCAAUUAGUAUUUGGUAGCGUUGCCUUUAAAUUGUUUAACUUGGGUCAAACGUUUCAGGUAGCCUUCCACAUGCUUCCCACAAUAAGUUGGGUGAAUUUUGGCCCAUUCCUCCUGACAGAGCUGGUGUAACUGAGUCAGGUUUGUAGGCCUCCUUGCUCGCACACACUUUUUCAGUUCUGCCGACAAAUUUUCUAUAGGAUUGAGGUCAGGGCUUUGUGAUGGCCACUCCAAUACCUUGACUUUGUUGUCCUUAAGCCAUUUUGCCACAACUUUGGAAGUUUGCUUGCGGUCAGUGUCCAUUUGGAAGACCCAUUUGCAACCAAGCUUUAACUUCCUGACUAAUGUCUUGAGAUGUUGCUUCAAUAUAUCCACAUAAUUUUCCAUCCUGAUGAUGCCAUCUAUUUUGUGAAGUGCACCAGUCCGUCCUUGUAACGAUUCUCCUCCUCCUCUACAACCGAAGAGGAGGAGUAGUGAUUGAACCAAGGCGCAGCGGGUUGUGAAUACAUAAUUUAUUUAAAGAAAAGACGAAAACACGAACUUCACUAUAAACUAACAAAACAACAAACGGAGUAGACAGACCUGGACGACGAACUUACAUUAAACACGAAGAACGCACGAACAGGGAAAAUAGACUACACAAAAGAACGAUGUACAAAACAAACCGAACAGUCCCGUAUGGUGCGACAAACACUGACACGGGAGACAACCACCCACAACGAACACUGUGAAACAACCUACCUAAAUAUGACUCUCAAUUAGAGGAAAACGCCAAACACCUGCCUCUAAUUAAGAGCCAUACCAGGCAACCCUUAAACCAACAUAGAAACAGAAAACAUAGAAUGCCCACCCAAACUCACGUCCUGACCAACUAACACAUAAAACAAACUAACAGAAAUAGGUCAGGAACGUGACAUAACUCCCCCCCCUUAAGGUGCGAACUCCGGGCGCACCAGCACAAAGUUUAGGGGAGGGUCUGGGUGGGCAUCUGACCACGGUGGUGGCUCAGGCUCAGGGCGAGGUCCCCACCCCACCAUAGUCAAUACCAGCUUACAUCUCCCCUACAAAUGACCACCCUCAUAUUACACCCACUUAAUCUUUUGGGUAACAUCGAGACAAGGGGCAGCACCGGGAUAGAGGGAUAGCUCAGGACAGAGGGAUAGCUCAGGACAGAGGGAUAGCUCAGGACAGAGAGGUAGCUCAGGAUAAAGAGGUAGCUCAGGAUAGAGGGGCAACUCCGGACUGAAGGGCAGCUCCGGACAGAGAGGCAGCUCUGGACUGAGGGGCAAUUCUGGAUAAAUGACCGCUCUGGGCUGAGGGGCAGCUCAUGACUGGCUGACGGCUCUGGACGCUCAUGGCUGGCUGACGGCUCUGGACGCUCAUGGCUGUAGGGCAGCUCAUGACUGGAAGGCAGCUCAUGACUGGAGGGCAGCUCAUGACUGGAGGGCAGCUCAUGACUGGAGGGCAGCUCAUGACUGGAGGGCAGCUCAUGACUGGAGGGCAGCUCAUGACUGGAGGGCAGCUCAUGACUGGCUGACGGCUCUGGCAGAUCCUGUCUGGUUGGCGGCUCUGGCAGAUCCUGUCUGGUUGGCGGCUCUGGCAGAUCCUGCCUGGUUGGCGGCUCUGGCAGAUCCUGUCUGGUUGGCGGCUCUGGCAGAUCCUGUCUGGUUGGCGGCUCUGGCAGAUCCUGUCUGGUUGGCGGCUCUGGCAGAUCCUGUCUGGUUGGCGGCUCUGGCAGAUCCUGUCUGGUUGGCGGCUCUGGCAGAUCCUGUCUGGUGAAUGGCUCUAGCGGCUCCUGACUGACUAACGGCUCUGACGGCUCGGGACAGACGGACGGCUCUAAUGGCUCGGGACAGACGGAUGGCUCAGAUGGCGCUGGGGAGACGGAUGGCUCAGAUGGCGCUGGGGAGACGGAUGGCUCAGAUGGCGCUGAGACGGAUGGCUCAGAUGGCGCUGAGGAGACGGAUGGCUCAGAUGACGCUGAGGAGACGGAUGGCUCAGACGGCGCUGAGGAGACGGAUGGCUCAGACGGCGCUGAGGAGACGGAUGGCUCAGACGGCGCUGAGGAGACGGAUGGCUCAGACGGCGCUGAGGAGACGGAUGGCUCAUACUGAUCCUGUCUAGCGGAAGGCUUUGGCUGCUCCUGUCUGGUGGAAGGCUCUAGCGGCUCCUGUCUGGCGGAAGGCUCUAGCGGCUCCUGUCUGGCGGAAGGCUCUGUAGGCUCAUGGCAGACGGGCGGCUUUGCAGGCUCAAUACAGACGAGCAGUUCAUGUGGCGCUUGGCAGACGGACAGUUCAGGCACCGUUGGGCAGACGGCAGACUCUGGCCGGCUGAGACGCACUGUAGGCCUGGUGCGUGGUGCCGGAACUGGUGGCACCGGGCUGAGUGCACGCACAUCAGGAUGAGUACGGGGAGAAGGAACAGUGUGUACAGGGCUCUGGAGACGCACAGGUAGCUUAGUGCGUGGUGCCGGAACUGGAGGCACUGGGCUGGAGACACGCACCAUAGGGAGAGUGCGUGGAGGAGAAACAGGGCUCUGGAAACGCACUGGAAGCCUGGUGCGUGGUGUAGGCACUGGUGGUACUGGGCUGGGGCGGGGAGGUAGUGCCGGUAAUACCGGACCGUGCAAGCGUACUGGCUCCCUUGAGCACUGAGCCUGCCCAACCUUACCUGGUUGAAUACUCCCCGUCGCCCACCCAGUGCGGGGAGGUGGAAUAACCCGCACCGGGCUAUGUAGGCGAACCGGGGACACCAUGCGUAAAGCUGGUGCCAUGUAAGCCGGCCCAAGGUGACGUACUGGUGGCCAGAUAUGUAGAGCCGGCUUCAUGGCACUUGGCUCAAUGCUCAAUCUAGCCCUACCAGUGCGGGGAGGUGGAAUAACCCGCACUGGGCUAUGCACACGUACAGGAGACACCGUGCGCUCUACUGCGUAACACGGUGUCUGCCCGUACUCCCGCUCUCCACGGUUAGCCUGGGAAGUGGGCGCAGGUCUCCUACCUGCCCUUGGCCCACUACCUCUUAGCCCCCCCCAAGAAAUUUUUGAGUAGUACUCACGGGCUUUUCGGGCUUCCGGGCUAGACGAGUCCCCUCAUAACGCCGGUUCCCUUCUCCGGUUGCCUCUGCUCUCCUCAAUGCCUCCAGCUGUUCCCAUGGGAGGCGAUCCCUUCCAGCCAGGAUCUCCUCCCAUGUGUAGCAACCUUUACCCUCCAAAACAUCCUCCCAUGUCCAUUCCUCCUUCUUGCGCUGUCCCUUCCUCCCGUUACACCGCUGCUUGGUUCUGGUUACUUGGUGGGUGGUUCUGUAACGGUUCUCCUCCUCCUCUACAACCGAAGAGGAGGAGUAGUGAUUGAACCAAGGUGCAGCGGGUUGUGAAUACAUCAUUUAUUUAAAGAAAAGACGAAAACACAAACUUCACUAUAAACUAACAAAACAACAAACGGAGUAGACAGACCUGGACGACGAACUUACAUUAAACACGAAGAACGCACGAACAGGGAAAAUAGACUACACAAAAGAACGAUGUACAAAACAAACCGAACAGUCCCGUAUGGUGCGACAAACACUGACACAGGAGACAACCUCCCACAACGAACCCUGUGAAACAACCUACCUAAAUAUGACUCUCAAUUAGAGGAAAACGCCAAACACCUGCCUCUAAUUAAGAGCCAUACCAGGCAACCCUUAAACCAACAUAGAAUCAGAAAACACAGAAUGCCCACCCAAACUCACGUCCUGACCAACUAACACAUAAAACAAACUAACAGAAAUAGGUCAGGAACGUGACAGUCCUGCAGCAAAGCACCCCCACAACAUGAUGCUGCCAGCCCCGUGCUUCACGGUUGGAAUGGUAUUCUUCGGCUGCAAACCUCCCCCUUUUUCCUCCAAAAAUAACGAUGGUCAUUAUGGGCGAACAGUUCUAUUUUUGUUUCAUCAGACCAGAGGACAUUUCUCCAAAAAGUAUGAUCUUUCUUUGUCCCCAUGUGCACUUGCAAACCGUAGUCUGGCUUUUUUAUGGCGGUUUUGGAGGAGUUGCUUCUUCCUUGCUGAGCCGCCUUUCAGGUUAUGUCAAUAUAGGACUCGUUUUACUGCAGAUAUAGAUACUUUUGUACCUGUUUCCUCCAGCAUCUUCACAGUGUCCUUUGCUGUUGUUUUGGGAUUGAUUUGCACUUUUCGCACCAAAGUAUGUUCAUCUCUAGGAGACAACGCGUCUCCUUCCUGAGCGGUAUGAUGGCUGCGUGGUCCCAUGGUGUUUAUAGUUGCGUACUAUUGUUUGUACAGAUGAACGUGGUACCUUCAGGCGUUUGGAAAUUGCUCCCAAGGAUGAACCAGACUUGUGGAGGCCUACAAUUCUUUUCUGAGGUCUUGGCUGAUUUCUUUUGAUUUUCCCAUGAUGUCAAGCAAAGAGGCACUGAGUUUGAAGGUAGGCCUUGAAAUACAUCCACAGGUACACCUCCAAUUGACUCAAAUGAUGUCAAUUAGCCUAUCAGAAGCUUCUAAAGCCAUGACAUAAUUUUCUGGAAUUUUCCAAGCUGUUUAAAGGCACAGUCAACUUAGUGUAUGUAAACUUCUGACCCACUGGAAUUGUGAUACAGUGAAUUAUAAGUGAAAUAAUCUGUCUAAAUUGUUGGAAAAAUUACUUGUGUCAUGCACAAAGUAGAUGUCCUAACUGACUUGCCAAAACUACAGUUUGUUAACAAGAAAGUUGUGGAGUGGUUGAAAAAUGAGUUUUAAUGACUCCAACCUAAAUCUAUGUAAACUUCCGACUUCAACUGUAUAUAUGAAGAUAUGUAAAAUAUAAAUAUUGAUUUAAAGUGUAUAUAUAUAUAGUAUAUAUAGUAUAUAUAUAUAUAUAUAUAUAUAUAUAUAUAUAUAUAUAUAUAUAUAUAUGUAUAUAUAUAUAUAUAUAUAUGUGUUAACUUGUCCUUGUUGUUCUGGUCCUGACCACAAUAUUGCCAGAUUCACACAUAAAAAAAUGCAGUAAGCGUUGCACAGUUAUCAGUCACAAGUUUUAUACAGUACAGUAGUUGUAAUAGCAGUGACAUAGAUUCAAGGUUAAAUCUAUUUUAGAGGAAUGUUAGAUUAAAAGUGCCGAGUCAUCAGCCUAGAGCGUAAUGAUAUACGGUAUGUCUAAACGGAAAGUGCUGCAUCAUAGUGUGCAGCAAGUCUCCACUAGUCCAUAAGCCUGACUAGUAGAGAUAUUAUAUGGGAUGUAUUCAUGAUUGUCAAUUGGUAAGUAAAACGAGGACCACCAUCCCUCGAGGCAAAAACCAGUUGAGUCAACAUAGUUUCCUAGUUAUUCCAACCUUACAGUAUAGAGUACAGUGAGGGAAAAAAGUAUUUGAUCCCCUGCUGAUUUUGUACGUUUGCCCACUGACAAAGAAAUUAUCUGUGUAUAAUUUUAAUGGUAGGUUUAUUUGAACAGUGAGAGACAGAAUAACAACAAAAAAAUUCCCGAAAAACGCAUGUCAAAAAUGUUAUACAUUUAUUUGCAUUUUAAUGAGGGAGAUAAGUAUUUGACCCCCUCUCAAUUGGAAAAAUUUCUGGCUCCCAGGUGUCUUUUAUACAGGUAACGAGCUGAGAUUAGGAGCACACUCUUAAAGGGAGUGCUCCUAAUCUCAGUUUGUUACCUGUAUAAAAGACACCUGUCCACAGAAGCAAUCAAUCAAUCAGAUUCCAAACUCUCCACCAUGGCCAAGACCAAAGAGCUCUCCAAUGAUGUCAGGGACAAGAUUGUAGACCUACACAAGGCUGGAAUGGGCUACAAGACCAUCGCCAAGCAGCUUGGUGAGAAGGUGACAACAGUUGGUGUGAUUAUUCACAAAUGGAAGAAACACAAAAGAACUGUCAAUCUACCUCGGCCCUCACCUCAUGGAGUUGCAAUGAUCAUGAGAACGGUGAGGAAUCAGCCCAGAACUACUCGGGAGGAUCUUGUCAAUGAUCUCAAGGCAGCUGGGACCAUAGUCACCAAAAAAACAAUUGGUAACACACUACGCCGUGAAGGACUGAAAUCCUGCAGCACCCGCAAGGUCCCCCUGCUCAAGAAAGCACAUAUACAUGCCCGUCUGAAGUUUGCCAAUGAACAUCUGAAUGAUUCAGAGGACAACUGGGUGAAAGUGUUGUGGUCAGAUGAGACCAAAAUGGAGGGACGAUGGACGGAGCUCUUUGGCAUCAACUCAACUCGCCGUGUUUAGAGGAGGAGGAAUGCUGCCUAUGACCCCAAGAACACCAUCCCCACCGUCAAACAUGGAGGUGGAAACAUUAUGCUCUGGGGGUGUUUUUCUGCUAAGGGGACAGGACCACUUCACCGCAUCAAAGGGACGAUGGACGGGGCCAUGUACCGUUAAAUCUUGGGUGAGAACCUCCUUCCCUCAGCCAGGGCAUUGAAAAUGGGUCGUGGAUGGGUAUUCCAGCAUAACAAUGACCCAAAACACACGGCCAAGGCAACAAAGGAGUGGCUCAAGAAGAAGCACAUUAAGGUCCUGGAGUGGCCUAGCCAGUCUCCAGACCUUAAUCCCAUAGAAAAUCUGUGAAGGGAGCUGAAGGUUCGAGUUGCCAAACGUCAGCCUCGAAACCUUAAUGACUUGGAGAAGAUCUGCAAAGAGGAGUGGGACAAAAUCCCUCCUGACAUGUGUGCAAACCUGGUGGCCAACUACAAGAAACAUCUGACCUCUGUGAUUGCCAUCAAGGGUUUUGCCACCAAGUACUAAGUCAUGUUUUGCAGAGGGGUCAAAUACUUAUUUCCCUCAUUAAAAUGCAAAUCAAUUUAUAACUCUGAAAGCAAUACAGUUCAACCCAAUGCUUACUAGACAGUUCCAGAACAAAAAGUUAGAAUUUCUAAACGAUAAAACAAAGUGCAAUUACAGUACCUAUGAACAGAGAAACCUCAAAGAUUAAGAGGGUCCCAUGUUUUUUUACUGUUUAUACUGAUGUUUUAUUGCUUUUGUCUUUUUUCUAUUACUCUUAAUUCUGCCUGUAGUGAUGCAACAAAUGCUAAUCAUGCCAUAUUAUUUUGAGGAAUUCAAACAAUAUAUACUAUAGACAAAAUUGCAUUCACAUUAUUGAAAGCUGUUCUUCCAAUUUGGAUGUGCUGAAGUGGACGCUUGUCGGUGGUGAUAAUGUGCUGUUCUGUUCAUGAGUGAUGGUUUGUACAUAUUUAUUUGAAAACACAACUUUAUUAACAUCCGAAAUCCUGUCUAUCAAGGGCAGUGGUUGGUGAGAGAUUCCACAGAAUAUUUCCACUGUGACAGUUUUUCUAAUCAUGCCCUUUGAGUUACUGUCAGAUAAAAACAUGUUUUUUCAAUGAAUAGGAGGAAUGUACUGGUGACUAUUUGGACUGUUUGCCUCAGGUUGCUUUAAGGGGGAAUUCUGUGUGUUGUGGAUGUAGUUUUAACAGGGUGGACAGAUGUUUGGUAGUGAUGUGAACAGGCUUGGGGAUUAUGACUAGACAUUGUUCUAUGUGUGAAAAUCAGCAGCAUGAUUUUUCAUCAUGCUUGUGAAAUUUGUCUUAUCUUUGGUUCUAUUUACCUGUGCUUGUCAUAUUUAUUUUUAUAUGUGAAAAGAAAAAAAGAGCCUUGCAAUGCAGGUAGAAUUAUUCAGUUUUGCCCUAUGAUCAGUUUAUCGGUCCACAGUUCUUGUAUUGCAUUUUGCUCCGACUUCCAUCCUGUCAAUCAACUAUCCACUCAGCAGAGCCAAAUAAAUAUGAGGUAGGCUGCUGUACAUCUAAGCAUGGUUUAAUAAUUGCCAAACUGAAUUACUUUAUACAACUUGGAGACAAUAUAGCAUCUAACUUUUAGCUUUUUUGCCUAACGAGUCAAGACGGAAUGACACUGAAUGGGUGACUUGUAUUUAUUUUUGUCUGUAAACAUGGAAUGUUAUUCUCUGAGGAUAACCUUUAUAUCGGCAUAAAUCAAUCCAAUUAUCCAUCAGAUGAACAAAUCCUCCUGAUUUAUAUUAGGCAAAACAAAGAUACACCUUUUUUAUUGGCCAAUCAGGCAAGCCUGAAAAAAUGUGAGCUAUAACACACCUGGUUUGCCUGUAUGAACAUUUGCAAAUUAUGACACAGUGGUGCAUGCAGCUAUUGUUUGAUAAGCAAGUACAUCUUCAUGAAUGUUUUUGCAUAGUUUAUGUUCAAAUAAUACAAGGGGGCCAAAAUAAAAGGGAAGGUUUGAUGAUCCAUUGUUUUUAGAUAUAAAAAGGCCCUAAUGUACAUGUCAACUGCGGUGACAUUGGGGACACUGAAAUAAGACAUACCCUCUCCCAGUCAGAGCAGAACACUUGCUGUGGACAGGUACUGUAAGAUUGGAAACAAUCCCCAUCAGAAUGUUAAAACUAUUAAAAAAAUUUUUUUGUAUGA